AUGAGGGGCAGCGGAAACGAAAAGAGAGCACUUAAUAAUAAUGAUAAUGAAAACAGCUCUUCCGGAGGCAAACGGCCGCGUCGAGAAGAAGGGAACGUGGAGUCACAGCCGAGUAUUCUCAAGUGGAUGCAUCGCGUACCAGGACCGCUGCAGGAUGUUAUGAAGAAGCGCACAGAGCAGUUGAAGAAUUCACAAGGAGAAGAUAGUCGACAUCGCACGAAUUCAGAUCGGUACUCCGUGAACAUUGCGACAGGACACUUUACGGAAAGUUUUAAAAAAUUAGCUCUUGCUACUGCUUGGAUGUUGAUCAUGUUUGUCGCUCUAGGCAACAUCCGAAUUAGCAGUCUCAAGUGUUCUGUUGGAAGUAUUGUAGAAAGUGACGAGGCACUCACAAAAAUUCCUCAGCUUUUAGUACUUCUCAAGUCUGUGCGAUAUGUUGACGAGGAGAUCGUUGCUGUCUUGCAUGAUCCGACAGGUGAAGUUGAGGGUUAUUUUCACCGAGAACUUGUCGAGCAAAUUGGGCCAGCACUUGUUGCUGGCGUCGGUAUAUUGCUGUCCAAGGUGUCAGUAUUCACACCUACUGAUGCGCCAGUGACAGGUAGACGGAAGAGCUAUCUGAACAUUAUUCCACGAAAUAUUCGACAGGUGUUUGUUCCAAAAGAACAGAUGAACAUGACCACCGACGAUCCUGUGAGCAUCUUUAACAAAGAAAAGGAGAUCGAAGCUGCACAAGACAGUGACGUUGAUGACAAUCAAACCUUGAGGACUGAGCAAGCAGCCCAGCAAUCACUGCAACAAAGUACAAUGCGAAACUCUUCGGCGGAACUGACGUAUCUAUCUCAAAGACAAGUCAUUCAUCGCAAUCCACCUGUACGAGUGGAUUCUGCUUCAUCGACUACAGUUUCAAGAAAGGGGGCUGCGUUAAGUAAAGCACAAGGACACGAGACUGGCUUGGGGAAGUGGCAGUGGAGUAAAUUGCUUAGAAAGACGACAAACGGAGAAGCAUCCGAAGAUGGAAGCCGUAUGCAAGAGCGUCAGAGUUUUUUGGAUGCCAGCUCCCGUCUAGUUCGCUUGAUAACGAAGCAAAAUACAAACCAAAUGUCAUGUGCAUCAUCUACCUCUAAAAAGGAGUCACCUGCAUCACCGAAUUUAAAAAAAACUGCUCUCGUGCGUUUUGAAUCCCAAGCAUCAAUUUCUCGCAAAGAUAAUUUGAACAAUGGCGAGGAAGAGCUCAAAUGUGACGUUGAGUCAAAUCUGAAAACUGAUGUAGACAACAAUUGUAAUAAUUCGGAUGGAGAAGAUGAAGACGAUGAUUGGUGA